GAUGGAAACUUGUUCAUUUAUUUGUUUGGAACUUUACAUAGUCGAAUCCUCCCUUUUUGAAGAGAACAAUACAAAUUUCCAUGGUUUUAAAAUCAACAGAUUUAUCCCAUAGUUGCAUUGCAUUGCAUGAUCCUUUCAUUCUUUCUGUAAACUCUAAACUAUUAACUUUUCGUUCGUAUCUGAAGGCACGCUUUUCCCUCUUUUACAUUUUCAACACUCUGUUUCUUGGUUCCAAAUUCAAAUCCCCUUCCUCAGAUGGCACAGUUUACCCCCUCAGGUAAAUCUGAUGAUCUCACAAACGAUGGCUGCAACAAAACAAGUGAUCUGGUUGUUUGUUUUGGUGAAUUGUUAAUAGAUUUCGUGCCAACAGUGGGCGGAGUGUCCCUGGCUGAAGCGCCCGCUUUCAAGAAAGCUCCCGGUGGUGCUCCUGCGAACGUGGCAGUUGGCAUCUCUAGGCUCGGGGGUUCAUCUGCAUUUAUAGGCAAGGUUGGAGCAGAUGAAUUUGGGUAUAUGUUGGCUGAUAUUUUAAAGCAGAAUAAAGUCAAUACAUCCGGCAUGCGGUACGAUACUAAUGCAAGAACCGCAUUGGCUUUUGUUACACUUAAAGCUGAUGGCGAGCGCGAGUUCUUGUUUUUCCGAAAUCCUAGUGCUGAUAUGCUGCUGGAUGAGUCAGAGCUUGAUCAUGACCUCAUUGAGAAGGCUAAAAUAUUCCAUUAUGGUUCCAUCAGUUUGAUUGAUGAGCCAUGCAAGUCAGCUCAUCUUGCUGCCUUGAGGAUCGCUAAAGACUCCGAUUGCAUUCUCUCGUAUGAUCCGAAUUUGAGAUUGGCACUAUGGCCAUCAGCUGAGGCAGCUCGGGAAGGUAUAAUGAGCAUAUGGGAUCUAGCCGAUGUCAUAAAGAUAAGUGAAGACGAGAUUACUUUUUUGACUGGUGGUGAUGAUCCUUAUGAUGAUGAUGUUGUAUUAAACAAGCUUUUUCACCCUAAUCUCAAGCUUCUAAUUGUUACUGAAGGGUCAGAGGGUUGUAGAUAUUACACCAAGGAUUUUAAAGGCAAAGUUGGAGGUGUCAAAGUUAAACCUGUUGACACAACUGGUGCUGGUGAUGCGUUUGUUAGUGGGUUUCUCUACAACAUAGCGUCUGAUCCAAGUAUUUUUGAGAAUGAGGAGCGUCUCCAAAAAGCUCUACAUUUCGCCAAUGUAUGCGGUGCCAUAACCGUGACGGAGAGAGGGGCAAUACCUGCACUACCUACUAAAGAUGCUGUUCUGCAUUUCACCAAAAUAUAGACACCAUCUUCGUAUACAAUGUAGUGUUGGUUCAAAUUAUAUAAUAAGUUCAAAUUGCUAUCUCAAGCUAUGGCUAUAGUUACACAUAGCAGCAGCUGAGCACACAGAUUAGCUUAGAAGCAGAUUAAGUGUUGUAGACUUAAGAUCUGCAAUAAGUUGCUGGUACAAUAAAAACACCGAAGAAAUGAAGAAUAUCUUAGUAGCGUUUACUUUGUGAAAAUAUUUGUUAUUUUUCAUUUUCUAAAAUUUGUAUUAACGAUAUGAAUUUCAAAUCACAUGCCUAUUUCUUUUGACUGAA